UAAAAUGGCACCAUAUCCUCCGCCAUCUUCCCGUCUGUACCUGCUGCACCUGGGCGCUCUUCUGCUACUGGCAUACCUGAGCCCAGCCCUCUGCACCUGCAGGAAGGGCACCCCGGAUGAGUGCAUGGAUGCUCCUUUCGUUCCAGGCCACGACCUGGUGGGGGAAGGCUUUGACAUCGUGAAGAUGGAGCCAAAGAGGGCCUACACCAUCGACGUGCAGACAUACCUAAAUGCUGAUAACACUUGCCAAGUUUGUGAGAAUGACGAGAUGGACGAUGAGCUCCAGAAGCUUCCAUUGUCCGUCAUAGACUGGCGCUCAAACUCCAAGUGCAGGCACUCCCUCACCAGUGCCAUGUAUGAGUCUGCCACUGAGCUUGUACAGAGCACUGCCUCACAAAUUAAAAACGACUGGAAAUUGGGACUCGGAUUGGAGAAACUUAAUGUGGGAGUAGGAGUGGAGAUGGGAAUGGGAAGGUCCCAUGUGGCCAGAUUUGCCUUUUCAAAGGCCAAGGAGGACUACUACACAUUCUACAUCCAUGAGUUCAACUGUGCAUGUUACAGCUUCCGAGUCUCUAACACUGCAAAACUAAGCAGAGAGUUUGCUGAAGACAUUAGCCGCCUGCCCAGGGACUACAAUGACAAAACCCGACAGCGUUACAAACAGCUCCUCAACACCUACGGCACUCACUAUCUAGCACAGGUAGACCUGGGAGGGAGAAUGAGGACAGUCAGUGCUAUUCGCACCUGCAUCACCGUACUCAAUGGCCAAACCACCCAGGGAAUAAAAGACUGUUUGUCUGCUCAGUUGUCUCUCACCUUUGGCCUGUCCAUUAUUGACGCUGCAGUAAGCCCAAAAGCAGAAUCAUGCUCCUUGAUGUUGAACAGCAAAGGCCAGACAGUCACCGGCAACUACAGAUACAUUCACCAAAUCACAGAAAUGGUUCCUGGGGAUGUGUGGGUUGGGAGCCUCAGCAAUGACACCACAGGGUUCGAUAUCUGGUUUGACCAGCUGAAGGAAGAUCCAGUUGCGGUGAGCUACUCCCUGAACCCACUGCCCAUGCUGAUAACUGAUGAGGUCAUCAAAGGCAAUGUGAAGACUGCCAUUCAGCAGUACCUGAAGGGCAAUGCCAUUUCCCCCGACAUCCUUAGCUGCAAGUCAGGCAACUGCUGCCCGAAAAAGUACCAUAGAGCCAAACUGCAGAUCAACCUGAGAGCCACAGGUCUGACGGGUGACUGGUGGGGAGUCAGUGAGGCAUUUGCCACUGUUAAGUAUGGAGUGGACACUAAGACAACCGAAGUAAAGAUUUCCGAUGAUCCUGUCUGGAGGACGUUGGAUUUUGGAAAUGUACACACAGGCAGUUCUCUGACAGUUGACGUGUAUGAUGUAGACUGGUGGCGUUACGAGUGGCUAGGCACCGUCCACUUCAGUCUUACAGCUGGAAACCACACGGAGACGCGCGGCUUUUGGUACAGCACCAUCACACUCUCCUACUCUCUCACUUGUGAUGAUCAUCUUGGUGGAGACCAGUGUGGCCAACCCUCCAUCUUGAAAGUGAACAAGGAUGAGAUGGACCUAACCUGCACCAUCAAGACAAAAAUUCUGAGUUAUCUGGAUGAAAAAUACAACGACCGUCUGACACAAGAACUGCUCGAUAUGGCUUCUGCACUUGAUCCACGGUUCAAGCUGAGCUAUGUCAGUGAGGACAAUAUCCUACCAAUUCAUGCCAGACUGACUUCUGAAAUGUCGAGGACUACACCUGCAGCCAUGGCUGAGAUGGGCACAACUGAUCCCCAUGGUGAGGUCGAGGAUGCACCCACUACAAAAAAGAAAAAGACCUUGGGGAGUUUCUUCAAGACUGCUGAGGGAGCCACACAAAGACCCAGUCCUCUCCAAGAGCAACAAGCUAUAUCUUCUGAGCUACAGUCGUACCUACAAUCAGGUAACCUAGACAGUGAGGAGGACCCGCUUGGCUGGUGGAGGGAACACCAGAGUCUCUCAAAACUGGCAAAGAAGUACUAA